GUCAUUACGAUUUCUCGAUUGUUCCGAAUCACAAGUGAAUUAAAAAAUUCUAACUUUUAAGAAAAACUACUAAUUUUCAGCGAGUGAAAAGAUUUUAAAUAAGUGAAAUAAAAUGUUGUCAGCCACAAAGCAUUUGUUGAAGCACUCAAAUAUUACACAGACUUUGAUGAACACACGAAAUGUUUCAAGUCUGAUGAAAAAUAACUUCAAUCAAUUUAAUCGUCUCCAAUGUAGAUUCAAAUCUGAAGGUGUAAAAGGAGCUGUAAUUGGUAUUGAUUUAGGCACAACAAAUUCAUGUGUCGCAGUCAUGGAAGGCAAACAAGCCAAGGUCAUUGAGAAUGCUGAAGGCUCAAGAACCACCCCAUCUCAUGUUGCAUUUACAAAGGAUGGUGAAAGAUUAGUUGGCAUGCCAGCAAAACGUCAAGCAGUUACCAAUUCCGCAAACACUUUUUACGCCACAAAACGUCUCAUAGGAAGAAGAUUUGACGAUCCCGAAAUCAUGAAAGAUAUGAAAAAUCUUUCUUACAAAUGUGUGAAAGCUUCAAAUGGAGAUGCAUGGGUACAAGCAACGGAUGGCAAAGUUUAUUCACCUUCGCAAAUCGGUGCCUUCGUACUUAUGAAGAUGAAGGAAACCGCUGAAGCAUAUUUAAACACACCAGUAAAGAACGCUGUUAUUACCGUUCCAGCUUACUUUAAUGAUUCCCAACGUCAAGCUACCAAAGAUGCUGGUCAAAUUUCGGGUCUUAACGUUUUACGUGUUAUCAAUGAACCAACAGCUGCUGCUUUAGCUUAUGGAAUGGAUAAGAGCGAAGAUAAAAUUAUUGCUGUUUAUGAUUUGGGCGGUGGAACUUUUGAUAUCUCAAUUCUUGAAAUUCAAAAAGGUGUCUUUGAAGUGAAAUCAACUAACGGCGACACACUGCUGGGAGGUGAAGAUUUUGAUAAUCACAUCGUUAAUUAUCUCGUGAAUGAGUUCAAGAAAGAGCAAGGCAUUGACAUUCGUAAGGAUCCGAUGGCAAUGCAAAGAUUAAAGGAAGCUGCUGAGAAAGCAAAAUGUGAAUUGUCAUCAUCAGUUCAAACUGAUAUUAAUUUGCCGUAUUUGACGAUGGACGCAAGUGGUCCAAAGCACAUGAACUUGAAGAUGACACGUUCAAAGUUGGAGAAUCUUGUUGGCGAGCUCAUCAAACGAACAAUUUCGCCAUGUCAAAAAGCUUUAUCAGAUGCUGAAGUAUCAAAAUCAGAUAUUGGGGAAGUUCUCCUUGUCGGUGGAAUGACUCGCAUGCCAAAGGUUCAAUCAACUGUUCAAGAUAUUUUCGGACGUCAACCAUCACGUUCUGUAAAUCCUGAUGAGGCUGUCGCUGUUGGUGCAGCUGUUCAAGGUGGUGUUCUUGCCGGUGACGUUACUGAUGUUCUUCUUCUCGAUGUUACUCCAUUGUCACUUGGUAUUGAAACACUUGGCGGUGUCUUCACUCGUUUGAUAACAAGAAACACAACAAUUCCAACAAAGAAGUCUCAAGUGUUCUCAACAGCAGCUGACGGUCAAACGCAAGUCGAAAUCAAAUGUCAUCAGGGUGAACGUGAGAUGGCAUCUGACAACAAACUUCUCGGUGCAUUUACACUUGUCGGCAUUCCACCAGCACCCCGAGGUGUUCCACAAAUUGAAGUCACGUUUGAUAUUGACGCAAACGGCAUUGUUCACGUGUCAGCACGUGACAAAGGCACAGGAAAGGAACAACAAAUUGUCAUUCAAUCAUCGGGUGGUUUAAGUAAAGAUGAAAUUGAGAAUAUGAUUAAGAAUGCGGAGCAAUAUGCAGCAGCUGAUAAGACGAAGAAAGAACGCAUUGAAGCAAUAAACCAAGCUGAAUCAAUUGUACAUGAUACCGAAACAAAAAUGGAAGAAUACAAAGAUCAAUUGCCACAAGAAGAGUGCGAUAAGCUUCGAGAAGAAAUUGCUAAAGUGAGAACGUUGUUAGCUGAUAAGGAGAAUGCUGAUCCCGAGGCUGUACGUAAAGAGACCGGAAAUCUUCAACAAUCUUCAUUAAAAUUGUUUGAGAUGGCAUAUAAAAAGAUGGCAGCAGACCGUGAGAGUUCUUCAGGAGGAAGCACCAACAGCGAAUCAACCACCAGCGAAGAAGAGAAAAAGAAGGAAGAAAAGAACUAAAACAACAUUACAAUUUCCCCAACAAACCCAAUAAUUAAUUAAACUGUUUAGAAUUAAAUCGAGAAAAACACUUUAGAUGAUAAUAAAAUUAAAGAAAAAGAAAAAGUUGAUGAAUAAUUUCGUGACGGCACUUGGGAUGGUGAAUGACGGUAAUCGAAGUGGAAAAUUUGGGUCCCAAGAUUUUCCUCACAGCUGGUUGUCGCCCUUUUUACGUUUUUCAACGAGAUUACAGUUGUCAGAGUCCACCCACACCAUUUGCUGUCAGUCAUGAAAACAUUUCAACCAGUAAUAAGAUUUUUGUUUUAUGUUGCAUUAUUGAAAUUUGAUUUUCUUUGUGAUUCGAGACAAAUAAAAAGAAGCUGAAAAUGAGUUGGGACCG